AUGUCCUCUCCAACUUCAGGUCGGGAUAGCCCGCAAGAUCAGCCACGCCAUGACAGCCCACAAGAGCAACCGCGAGAUCGCACAGGGGAGUGGUGGGAAAAGCUCUCGGCCGAAGCUAGGAUCCGAGAGGAUGGAGAUGAGAAAUGGGGUUGGGUUAUUUACCGGAGCUCCUACGCCAAAGAGCUCGAGGGUAGCUGGGAGGAUCUCAAGCGCCGCAUACUGCAAAACUUACAUAAGAGAAUCGCCAAGUCAGACGCACCCAGUAUCGCCGAGACAAUGGACUUUAUCUUCGUCGAAGACCCCACACUCGACGGUGCCUCGAAUAACCAGCUAAGGAGUCGAUUUCAGCUUUGGGCGCGUGAGAAUUGUGCAGACACUUUUCACAAAGGGAUCGAUACAACACGUGGCUCGAGGUAUGAGUUUUUCGUCAAAGUCGACGACGAGUUAUUGCGCGAAGGCAACGUCGGUCUCGUUCAGGGCUGGCCAUUGGAGGCUGAAGAGGGCGACACCGAGGAGGAAGAAGACGACCCCGAGGAUUGGUUCAAGAUGCGAGACGACGCUAUUAAGCCUCACCUCUAUGAUAGCCUGCAUGACCCUGAGCACUUUUAUAUACUCUAUCGGCGGCCGGAGAAUGGGGCGACUUACAUUCCUUAA